ACAGGUCAGACCUGCAGUCGUAUGUUUGCUGCUUUUGGAUGCAGCAUCUAACAGCUGCUGUUAAACAAUCUCUAAGUACAUCAGGUGAGCCACAGUUACUGGAUUUCUGCCUUACUGGGAAGAUAUUCUUUAUACUGCUUGAUUAGAAUGUGCUCUUCAAACCGGGGUAAAUAUUCUAAAUGUGAUGUGAUCAUGUGUAUGUUGGAAUUUCCCUGUUCUUUAGACUGGAGAGCUGAGGCUGUCCUCCAGCACACAGGCUGUGGAGAGCAGAGAUGUCUUUUCUCCGGACCUUUUUUAACAACUCUCUCAUCAUUCAUCCUCCAGGCUUCUAUAUCAUCGGAUUUGAGACAUUUCCCUUCAUCAGUGUCUACUUCAUCUUUCUAGCAUUUGUAUAUGUGGUGACAGUGCUCUUUAAUAGUUUGGUGAUCUGUAUAAUUGUCUUUAAUCGUUGUUUACACUCUCCGAAGUUUCUGGCUGUGGCCAACCUCGCAGUGAUUGAUGUGAUCCUGAACACAUGUCUUAUUCCAGGCAUGAUAAAGAUAUUCCUGGUUAAGGAUAACUUUGUUCCAUUCAACCUGUGUCUGGUACAAAUGCAUGUCUACUAUAUGUUUGUAUCAUUGGAGUCAUAUGCACUCACUAUACUUGCCUAUGACAGGUUGAUUGCAAUAUGUUUCCCUCUGCGUCACAACUCCAUCAACACAUUGCAGAGUAUGUCCUGUAUUGUUGGCCUGUCUUGGUCUUUUUCUCUGGGAGUCAUUGCAUUUGCGACAGGUAUAAUGACUCGAUUGUCUUUUUGUAACUCUGUCAGGGUGUUCAGCUAUUUCUGUGACUAUGCGCCUGUGUUCAGACUGGCCUGUAAUGAUUUCACAAUGCAGUGGUCUGCAGCUACUUUGCUUACUUUCUUGCUGCUGGUGGGACCGUGUAUUUUUAUCCUCCUGUCUUACAUCUGCAUCUUGGUGACUGUGUUCAGGAUGAAAUCUUUAGACAAUCGGGUGAAAGCUUUGGCCACUUGUGUUGAGCAUCUCAUCCUUGUUGCUGUGUUUUACAUUCCUCUCAUUACCAUUUUUACUGUCGGGUUUUAUCUGCGUGUCAUCAACGGGGACCAGCGUGUGCUGAGCCUGUCUCUGGCCUCUUGCCUCCCACCCUGCAUCAACCCUAUUGUGUAUUCUUUGAAAACUAAAGAGAUUAAAGUCAGAGCCCUGGCACUGGUCAGGAAAAAUAAAAUUGGCACAGACCUACAUAAGGGCAAACCUCAGAGAGGUAAAUGAAAUGUCGCAAAAAUGAAGCUAUGAAUAUUUGUUUAGUGGUCUGGGCUCUUUUGAUCCAGUCUUUCACUUUCAGUGUACAUAUGUUGUGUUGAAGGUUGUGUUUUUAUUAUACAGUUUGUCUACCAGAGAGUGCUGCAAGGUUAUUUUUUUUUUGUAAACUGUCCUGCUCAGUACAUGUCUUGAUCUGGGUCACCACUGAUCUUAAAAAAAAUAAACAAAUACAUUUA